AUGUUCAGCAGUAGUUUUACUUGGAUCGUCGGCGACCCAAGAUGUUUUGAUCAACAGCGACACACUUCUUUCGAUUUUUAACCAGUAGACGGUACGUUCACUCUUGUGCAUAGAGAGGCCAAGAAGAAAACAAAAACUGGGAGCCGCUUCAGAUAACAAACGAUAAAUAAAAAAUAAAUAAAGGAAAUCUACAACGAUCCAAACGAUCAACAGUUUGGUGGGUACAUCGAGUAACAUUCAAAGAAAGAAGGUAUCUCAAAAGAUAAUUCAAGAUGACGGUGUUUGGGAUGGUAUCGGCGGUGGCGGGCUUCGUAAAGAUCCGCUACCUGCUGGAUAAAGCCGUCAUAGAUAACAUGGUCUUCAGGGCCCACUACAGGAUCACGUCGGCUAUCCUGUUUUGCUGUUGCAUCAUCGUUACUGCUAAUAAUUUGAUUGGUGAUCCAAUCAUGUGCAUCAACGAAGGCUCUAUUCCGGGACACGUAAUAAACACCUACUGCUGGAUUACUUAUACUUUCACGCUUCCCCACGAGCAAGGGAAACGCGUGGGAACGCACGUGGCGCAUCCAGGUUUAGGUAACGAUAACCAGGACAAAGUGUAUCACAGCUAUUAUCAGUGGGUUCCAUUCGUGCUUUUCCUACAGGGAAUUUUGUUCUACAUUCCGCACUGGAUUUGGAAGAUCUGGGAGGAGGAUAAAAUCCGCAAGAUCUCUGAUGGUAUGCGCGGCACCAUCAUCGGUAACAAGGCUGAAAGGGCUCCGCGCAUCUCCAGAUUGGUGCAAUACAUCAUGGAAAGUAUGCAUUUGCAUAAUACGUAUGCCUUUAUCUAUUUCCUCUGCGAAGGACUGAACUUCAUCAAUGUUUUAUUGAACAUUUUCAUGACCGAUAAGUUCUUGGGCGGAGCUUUCUUAGAUUACGGUACCGACGUGAUUCGUUUCAUGAACAUGGAUCAGGAGAAUCGUACCGAUCCGAUGGUCGCGGUAUUCCCCAGAGUGACUAAGUGCACAUUCCACAAAUUUGGGGCAUCCGGUUCUAUACAAAAACACGACGCUCUUUGCGUACUGGCCUUGAACAUUCUGAACGAAAAGAUCUUCGUGUUCCUUUGGUUCUGGUUCAUCAUCUUAGCAGUUAUUUCUGGUUUGGCUCUUGUUUAUUCAUUGGCCGUAGUAAUGUUGCCCAGCACUCGCGAAACCAUCAUGAAGAGGAGGUUCAGAUUCGGAACACCGAACGGCGUAGAUGCAAUCAUCCGCAAGACACAGGUUGGAGAUUUCUUCCUGUUGCAUUUGCUAGGACAAAAUAUGAAUUUGAUGGUUUUCGGCGAAAUCCUGGAGGAGCUAGUGAGACGCCUGAACUUUGGUAGCAACAGCAAUUUGCCGUCUGCACCGAGCACUUUGGAGAUGAGUCCAAUUUACCCGGAGAUAGAAAAAUUCAAAGAGACUGAGACAUAAAUACGAGGAGUGAGAGAAGAAAGCAGCCAGAGCAUUUACUUUUUUUCUUAAAGUUCUCUAUAAAUGUUUUUUUCUGCCAUAGUAAGUUUAGAGAUCUCACCGCCUGAGAUAUUUUUCUUUUGAUACAAGUAUUUUUUUUCCUUUCUCAAUUUAAGUUUAAUUUUUACGUAUAUAUAUACAAACAAAUAUUUGUGAUUGAUAAAUUGUAUAAUGUUUAAGUUUCCAAUUAUUUACUAAGAUUUUCCUCCUAAGCUUAUAUAGUAUAUUAUUCUUAGACGGCUUUGGUAUUCAAAGCGCGGAUAUUAUUAUAUUAUAUUGACAUGUAUGUGCCUUAUUUGACAAAUAAAUAAUUAUGUUUA